AUGUUACCUCCUGCCUACUUGCUCCAACUGCUGGCCUGCACCAUGGUCUUGACCCACACUCAACCCCCAAAGACACAUGUGACCCACCACCCCAGUCCUGAAGGUGAUGUCACCCUGAGGUGCUGGGCCCUGGGCUUCUACCCUGCUGACAUCACUCUGACCUGGAAGAGGGAUGGGGAGAACCUGACCCAGGACAUGGAGCUUGUGGAGACCAGGCCUGCAGGGGAUGAAACCUUCCAGAAGUGGGCAGCUGUGGUGGUGCCUUCUGGAGAGGAGGAGAAUUACACAUGCCUUGUGGAGCAUGAGGGGCUGCCUGAGCCGCUUUCCCAGAGAUGGGAGUCUCCUCCAUCCACUGUCUCCAACACAGCCAUGAUUGCUGUCCUGGUUGUCCUUGGAGCUGUGACCAUCAUAGGAGCUGUGGUGGCUGUUGUGAGGAAGAGGAGGAGAAACACAGGUGGAAAAGGAGGGGACUAUGCUCCAGCUCAAAGCAGCAACAAUGUCCACCGGUCUGACUUGUCUCUGGAGGCUUGAAAAGCCCUCCUUCCUGGUCCAGCAGACAUGAUGGGAAAUCUACAUCCUGUCAGUUUCAUGCUGCCCUGAGCUGCAGCCUUUCACUUCCACACCAAACAUAGAAAUCUGAAUGUGGAUUCGAUUGUGCAAAUCUUUGACCCGAGGGGUUGAUUAAUGGGUAAAUUAAGGGAUUGAGAAUAUUCUGAAUUUUGCGGAGAAAAUAAAUGGCAGUGUGGAGAACCUUCCAGAACCUGUGUCUCCUGUGCUGUCAGGUGGGACACGGGGAGGCUGUGGUCAUGCCCAUCUGGCGCCCACCUCAUGAGUCCUUUGGUGUGGUCUGGUCACCCCUCAGCUCUGUCCUCCUGAGAUCUUUUCUCUUUGUCACUUGGUGGAACGAGGGCCAGACAGACUGUUUGGAGGAGACAGGGGGACGACCUUAGCCUUGUUCUGUCCCCAGCAUUAUAAGCAUCUGCAGCAAGUCAGCCUUGGCUCAGUUCGAGCUCUGGUUCUGCACCCUUCUUCUGUGUUUAUUUCUGUGUCUUUUGACUUUGUAUGGAGGAAGAGGCCUGUUCCGGUUCCUGUGAGUGGUACCCGUCUCAUUCUCCUUUAGGGACUCUGACUCAUGGCAUUAAGUGUUUUUCCGUCCUUGUCCCUUCAAGGCCCAACUAGGUUCCUGCACUGGGCUGAGAACAUGAACUUCUUCCAAGGAGCACAUGUUCCCCAUCCAGGGUCUUUGCCUUGAGAUUCUUCCCUCCCUCCACCCAACCUUCCAGAGUCUAACUCCUGUCUGUAGGACCAACAGAAAGCAGCAGGGUCUCUACGAGAAUCCAGUCCUGUGGGGACUGUGUUCUGCUCUGCCUCACUUUGUAACAUGCUAUUCACCCUCACUCAGAAAACAUGCAUCAGGUUCACAAGUUCCUGAGCUCAAGUUUCUGGUGGGGGGGAGCAACUCAAUGGGAGCAAAGGUGACUGUUUUGGGUUCUCACACCAGCACUUGCUAAACGCAUUCCAGCUUUGACACUCCCCAGUGGGGCUCUCCAAUGGAAGGGCUUGCUGGAUGUAGAAGGCUCAGCUGCUGUCAGUCAGGAGCUAAGUGGUGCAAGGACUGUAUGAUGUAAGGAAAUAUACUUCCACACACUAAUGCCGCCUCUCUCUCUCUCUCUCUCUCUCUCUCUCUCUCUCUCUCUCCUCUCCCCCUUCCUCUCUCUCCCCCUCUCCUCUUCUCUCUCUCUCUCUCUCUCUCUCUCUCUCUCUCUCUCUCCUCUCCCCCUUCCUCUCUCUCCCCCUCUCCUCUUCUCUCUCUCUCUCUCUCUCUCUCUCUUUGUCUCUCUCUCUCUAACAGAGUUUCUCUUGGUGAAAAGCACUCCAGGGCUUGACUUUCAUACAAAAUUUCACUGGAAAAUACAGAUGUCUCUUCUGCGCGUGAAAACGGGGGUACGGACGUCAAAGCUGCCUCCCGUUAUUUACUGGUCGUUUGGCGGUGGCUUCCUUUGGUUUGUCUUGGUUUGCUUUUGAGGCAGGGUCUCUCUCUGUAGCUCUGACUGUCCUGGAGGUCACUCUGUGGACAAUGUCAAGGCACCUGUCUCUGCCUUCCGAGUGUUGGGGUUAAAGGCAUGAGCCACUAUACCUGCCUAGUAAGUAUCUCAUUUUAAUUGUCCUGUGGGGACAGCAGUGACUGCAGUGAGGUCUCUGCCACUUAUGUUGUUGGUGAAGUACGUGAUCCCACUUUGUGUAACCUAGGGGUCUUGUUUAUGAGGAGCCCCACACAGUUGGCUCUCAGCAUCAGUUAUAUAUGUAUGUAUGCAUGCAUGUAUGUAUGUAUGUAUGUAUGCAUGCAUGCACUUACUCAAUGUAAAAUUAUCUAUUUAUUUAAUGUAUGUGGGUAUUUUGACCCCAUGUGUAUCUGUGCACUACCUUUCUGCCUAGUGUCUGGAGAGGGAGGAGGAUCCUCUGGAACUGGAGUUACAGUUGUGAGCUGUUGUGUAGGUGCUGGGAUGUAACCCCAGGCCUCUGGCAGAGCAGCUGGAGCUCCUACCCACGAUCCCACCCCUCAGCCCCUUCAGCAUCAGUUCUUUACACACCUAAUGACAAGGCUGUCAUCAGCAUCCCUGUGAAUUCUGCUCUGUCCGCAGGAAACCUACAACUGUGUUCUCAGGCUGUCACAAGAGCUCUGGUGAACAGCCUUCUAAACAAACUUUACACGCUAUAAUGUGAUUUUUUUUUAAACAUCAGUAUUUUAACCACGAUUUCAUUAUAAAAUGGACAUUGUCCUUAAAUAAACUUUGAUUUUUUAAAAUA